AUGUCAAAGGAUUGCGGUAAUCACGGUGGCGGCAAAGAAGCAGCCGUCCGGAGAAUCUGCGCCGCCGUAAUAGCCUUCAUCAUAGUAGCUCUAGUGACCAUCUUCCUAGUUUGGGUCAUACUCAGGCCCACUAAGCCAAGAUUCGUCCUCCAAGACGCCACCGUCUUCGCCUUCAACCUCUCACAACCAAACCUACUCACCACAAACUUCCAAGUCACACUCGCAUCUCGUAAUCCAAACUCCAAGAUCGGAAUCUACUACGACCGUCUCCACGUCUACGCUACUUACAGGAACCAGCAGAUAACUCUCCGGACAGCGAUUCCUCCGACGUAUCAAGGCCACAAAGAAGACAACAUCUGGUCUCCGUUUGUUUACGGAACCGCUGUUCCAAUCGCUCCUUACAACUCCGUCGCGUUAGGAGAGGAGCAAGGACGUGGGUUCGUCGGGUUAAUUAUACGCGCUGAUGGGCGCGUGAGGUGGAAAGUAGGGACGUUGAUCACUGGGAAGUACCAUAUACAUGUUCGGUGUCCGGCUUACAUCAAUCUUGGAAACAAAGCUGGUGGUGUUGUUGUCGGUGAUAGCGCCGUUAAAUAUACGUUGGUUACUAAAUGCAGUGUGAACGUUUAG